AUGGAUGCAUACAAGGAGACAAUACAACGACAUGAGGACGAUAUCCAGGACCUUGCCCGGGUUACACAGGAGCACUCCCAGCGCCUUGACCACGUCUAUAGUGCUGGAUUGGUUACUGCCCCACACCUGGAGCGAAUCCUGAGCGAUGUUACUGCAUCGAUAAUGACCCAAACCAAGGCCGACAUCUCUCAGGCUGUGGCCGAGGCGAUGGCAGCACAGGACCUUACCUACCAGGGAAUUAUAUCCCGGAUUGCUUCGCGACGCGGAAGCACGACAGUCAAGUCGCGGUCUUCCGGAUCCACACGCGGGGUGCUCGCCCCGGUGGCUGCAUCAGACCCCGUACUCCGGACGCCCCAAACCCCGGCCUCACGGACGAAGAGUUUGAACGUGCCGAGAACCGGCGUACUUGUGAGCGCCAGCAGCAUGAAUUGGAGGUCCGAUGGGCCAGAGACCUCUAUCCGGAAACCACACCACUCCCGGACCCUAUUAAAGAUCGCGGAGACCCUAACCCGCGACUCUCUGCACCUGUCAGAGGAGACGGACCAGCCCCUCCACGCGGCCCCCCACGAGGGUCCUCGCGGGUGA